AUGUACGAAAGACCCGGUAACGAGAAACACCUGCUUGCUACUCCCUUGCAACCCGAUACGACGAGCUAUCCAAAAUCAAUAUUCCUCAUAAUUGCAACAGAGUUUUGCGAAAGAUUUUCCUUUUGUGGAUUGAGAACAAUAUUAUCAUUGUAUUUACGAAACGUUUUGCUCCUCCACGAGAAUGGUGCGACGGUGAUAUAUCACGUGUUCAUAAUGAUGUGCUAUUUCGUGCCAGUCGCAGGGGCAAUAUUGGCCGACAGUUAUCUCGGUCGCUUUAGAACGAUCCUCUACUUCUCAAUAAUUUAUGCCAUUGGAAACGUUCUCAUGUGCUUCGCCGCAACGCCGCCGAUUGCUCUCUGGCCCGUAGCGAUGACCUACGUAGGACUGACCCUCAUUGCAUGGGGCACAGGCGGCAUAAAACCGUGCGUCGCUGCUUUCGGUGGGGACCAAUUUCACCUGCCACAGCAACAAAAACGCUUGCAAGCGUUUUUUUCAAUAUUCUAUUUCACCAUCAAUUUUGGCGGGCUCAUGGGCAUGAUUCUCAUCCCGAUAUUACGAAAGGCCUUAACCUGCUUCGGCGACGACACUUGUUACGCUUUGGGUUUCGGAUUUCCGGCAGCGCUCAUGGUCACUGCUCUGCUCCUUUUUCUACUUGGGAAACCGCUUUACCGGCUGAAAUAUCCGAAGGAAAAUAUAACACUGAAUUUCAUAAGCUGUAUUUUUUACGCGUUGAAACAAAAAUUCGCUUGCCGCAACUGGCCCGAAACUGGGAACGAACAUUGGUUGGAUUAUGCCUCGGAUCGAUUUCCCACGAAAUUGAUAGCUGAAAUAAAAAUCGUUCUCGCCGUCUUGUUUCUGUACAUCCCUUUGCCACUGUUUUGGAGCCUCUUCGAUCAACAGGGCUCCAGGUGGACUUUUCAGGCAUCCAGGAUGAAUGGGGAACUCUUGGGAACGCAGAUUCUACCGGAUCAAAUGCAGGUGAUUAAUCCAGCGAUAGUAUUGAUCCUCAUACCAAUUUUCGACAGACACAUUUAUCGCUGGUUUUCCGGGAGUCUUAAUUCGCCACUGCAGCGAAUGAUAAUCGGUGGUAUAUUCGCUGGAUUGUCUUUUAUAGUCAGUGGAUUUCUCGAGCUUAAAUUGGAGAAAACGUAUCCGGUUUUACCGGAGCGAGGACGUUCCAGUUUGUACGUGAUCAACGCCUUGGGAUGCGACGUUGGAAUAUUGGCAUCUUUUGACCCCGAGCUGACAUUGAACGCCGGCGAGAAAGAAGCGUUUAACGUAUCAUCGCACAACAAUAGAACAGUCUACGACAUUUAUCUCGUAGCACCCUCUCAAUGCUGGGACGUCGAGCUCAACGAACCGAGCCUCAUGAGUAAAGUUCAGCCGAUCGAGUACCAAGUCGACACCAUAAUCGUUUCUGUCGUUGGCAAAUCUCUGCAUUUGUUUGUCACGGAGCCGAACGAUUAUGCGAAGAGUUUGAGUGGUCGUCCAAAAUUACGAAUCAUUUUUCUUCGAGAUUCAACGUGCCUCAACACCGUAACCGUUACUUUGGAAAGUCGAAACGGUCUUGAAAACAAAUACUUCGUUCCGGACGAAAAUCCCUUGUCCGAGUCCACGUACAUGGAGUUCGAGCCAGGAUUAUAUCAAUAUGUGAUAAGAUACAGAGAUGCUCGAGUAGAUGAAAGAGCUUUGGUGACUUUCGAGUUGGGAGCUGUGUAUUUGCUGGUUCUGCGAGAGCAUGGAGACAAAGUCAUGUUUCACAGACUUUACACGAUGACACCGCCCAACAAAAUCCACAUGCUCUGGUUAAUCCCCCAAUAUUUGCUCAUCUCAAUAGGCGAAGUUAUGUUCGCCAUUUCGGGCCUCGAGUUUUCGUUCACCCAAGCGCCGAACAGCAUGAAAACUGUCACCAUAGCAGCGUGGUACGUGAGCGUUGCACUUGGAAAUUUAAUGGUCAUCAUUAUAACGCAAGCUCGUAUCUUCAGGAGCCAAGCUCACGAAUUCUUUUUGUUUGCCGGUUUAAUUCUUGCGAACAUGCUCAUAUUCGCGUUGAUGGUUGGCCGUUACGAUUUCGUUGUUCUCGAGGCGGACUCGAGUCUCAUACCCGAAGCGAAUGAAGCUGAAGUCAAUAAAGAAAAGGAAGAAGAUGAGUCGCCAUUGCUUCGAUGAAUUCGUCGAAAUAAUUAUAAAAAUUAUUACCAACGUGCACUGAAUUCAUCGUUAUCAUAUCCACCCAUUUUUUACACGAGUUUCUUAUAAUUUGUGUUAUUUUUUAAGCUCCCAAGACUGUAUAAAAACCGAAUUAAUCAUGAGACUGGUCGUGCUCAGCUUUAAUCGUCCAGAAAAACCACAAAGACACUUUCAAAAUCAAUUUUUCCAUAAAAUAUGUUUUGAAGAGAUCGAAUUGGGCUUCGAUGAAAAAAUGUUUGAAUAUCGGUUGUUGCAACGAGUCAUUUGACUUGCACUUCACGCUCGCGAGUCCCUCGCGUUACGGAUCGAUUGACCCCUUUAUA